AUGAACAGCGUGGCCAAUCUGUCGCAUCGUUUCUCCAAUUUGAUUAUCGGCCUGCACUCCACGGCCGUGCUGUUCUACGGCAUCGGCGUCGUCGCCCUGCGCAGCGACGACGCCGCCGAUCCUGCCGAUCGUGAACUUUUUCUCAAGAUGGAGUUACCCUUCGAGAGUGGCACGUCGCCAAUUUACGAGGUCGUCAUGACCACGCAAUUCCUGCAUCAGAUGACGGCCGCCACCGUGAUCGGCGUGCUCAGCGCGCUGCUCGUUACGCUGGUGCUCCAUGUGGGCGGUCAAAUAGACAUUUUGCGGGAAAAAUUAUUGAAAAUUUUAUCAAAGAAAAAGAAACCAACUAUCUCCAUGAUCUCAAUAGGCCCGUUAAUUCGAAGACAUCAAAACAUCAUUGUUUUCACCGGAAAGAUUGAGAGCCUGUACUCGUAUAUCGCGCUGGCCCAAUUCAUAUCGAACACCCUCGUUAUUUGCUGUUUGGGCUUUAUCAUCGUAAAUUCGAUCGGCGCCAGUCAAGGCUCCUCUAUGUUAGUGAGAUCUCUUUUGUUUUACAUCGUCAUUAAUUUAGAAGCGUUUAUCUUUUGUUUCGCCGGCGAAUACCUAAGUGUCAAGAGCAAAACGAUCGGCGACGCAGCAUACGAAUCUCUGUGGUACGAUUUAACUCCGAGCGAGAAUCGAAUCCUGCUAUUUCUGAUAAUGAGGUCACAAAAACAAUUGACGAUCACCGUCGGCAGAUUCACAAAUCUCUCUUUGCAACAGUUCGCAAACAUCAUUAAAUCGUCAGCGUCAUACGUUUCGGUGCUACACGCGUUGUAA